CAAACAGGAUUCCUGUCUCUUGUUGAAGAACUCCUGUCUUACAUUCUGAGCUUCCUUACUCACCGAGAUAUUCUUCGGUGUACAUCUGUAUGUAGAACCCUUCGCCAGAUGUACUUGUCCUCCUCCGAACUUCAGUACAUCGUUGAAAUAAGUGGACAACGGUUGCUUGUUAUCUCCAACACGGAUCAUGGCAUACCUAUUUCUAAGCGUCUGCAGCUUUUGAGAGACCAAGCUCACACAUGGUUCAAGGUUGACACCCACCCUUUAAAAAUGGUCCCCGUAGUAACAGUGCCACCGCUAUCUCAAGACAACAUUGUUGCUGGCGGGCAUUUCUGCUCGUGGAACGCAUCAGGAGAUACAGCCAUGAUCUUUCCAGUACUUCCAAAGCCCUCACAACAGUCAAUCCGGCGAAACUGGCUCCCAGGAACGUUGUGUUCGGUUCCACACUCAUACAACCUUGAUGUAUUUAUGGACCCAGCACAAAACCUAAUCGCUGUCGCCUAUGUCGUUGAUCACAAGACAGUCUAUAUUAACCUUGGAGCCCUGGAUGGUGAUGGUGUUCACCCUCAGGCUGCUGGAGAGAAACUGUUUCUGUCGGACGACUUGGAAAGCCACUCUGUGACGACACUUGCAAAGCUCAAAGGUUUUGGGAGGCAUAUCGCAUUGUCGCGUCGCACGACCAACGAAAAUCGGAUUCCGGUGGACAAGGUGUGGCAGCUGCAGAUUUGGGACUGGAAAUACUCGACAACAUCCAGUAGCAUCCUCAGCGGUGUAGUACUCAACCGAUCCCCCGCCCCAGUUGAUUUUUGUUUCCUCGGUAACAAUCGAUUGCUGGUUAUAACCGAUAACUUGAAUCUCUAUUCAAUUGAGAAUAUUUCUCAGACGCCGGAAUUGCUGGCGUGUUUCCUGAUGCCCAUCCCAUUGAAGUUACGGUGCCUUCCUCUGAUAGAUGAUAUUGGGUAUGGAUCACAGUCGCAUAUGCAAGCCCAAACGACGAUGUGCACCUCAGACCCUACACAUCGACUCAUAUGCCUUUUGGGGUCUUCUGCUCGAAAUAGUGUUCAAGUCUUCAUCAUAUCCACAAGGAUUUUCUUCGACCUCAACGAAAUGGCAGCAGCAAUGCCAAUACCAUGGGAACAUUGGGCCCCUUCAAAUACUCGUAUCUUUCAGUACCCAUUUCAUUUCAAAAUUCACAUCAACGGAAACCGAGUCUUGCAGACACUCCCUGUCAGCGCGUCCGACUCGCAGUUUAUAUUACAACUAUUGGACUUUAGCCCGCUAGCUGUGACAAACAGGCGGGGUCUAGGACGAGUGGUGAAAGAGCCGUCCACGGCAUACAUCAAUGCUGAUGCAUUUGGCAGAUAUGGAGAGAGCUUGACAACCUCCCUGCCUUACGUCCAAGUCGUAUUUUCGAACAGAAAGAUCGUUGCUGAUUCACUGUUGAGAGACAUGUGGAUCGACAAGGAUAGGAUUUAUAUGUUCUCCAGAUCAGGCUUUAUUGACACAUUUGAGGUCAUUGACGUCCAGUCCGACUUACAGAGCGGUGUGAUAUCAACCAGUUGA